AUGAAAUUUAAUGAGAAAGAAAUAGACGCGUGUAGAAAGAUGGCUGGACUAUUUGGAUACAGCUUUGAUGAACAAGCAAUAGAAACAAUGUUGAUGCUGCUUAAAAAUCAUAUGGAAGCAGAUGACCUAAUUGAUAUUCUGAAAAAUGUGAAGAAAGAGUAUGAUAAGCGUAAUCCAAACAAUUAG